AUGGAAAAUUCAUCAAUUUUAGAAGCCUCAACAAACAUUGAUGAAUUGUAAAAGUAAUUUAGAAUCACUGGAAAUACAAGUGAAGAAAAACUACAAAAUGCCAAAGAGAUCUUAGAAAUGAUGGAAAAAGAAAUUUUCAGGCUGAGGGCUGAAUUAAAACGUUCAGAACAAACGGUAAAAAAGCUGCAAGACUCAUUAGCACUGCAAGCGCAAAAUCAAAAUAACACUUCUUCAUCAUUUUUAUUGCCUUCUGAGUUUAAAAAGAAUUGGGAAGUGCUGGUUCAAGAAAAUAUUUUGGAUGUCUUUUCACCUUUUUUGGGGUCGCAUACUUUAUUUGUGAGGCUUGUGCAGAGUUUAAUGAAAAUUUGUAUGGAGUUUGUGGAAAAUACCAUUAGGUGCAAAAUGAGUGAGAUAAAGAAAUUGUUGGGAAUCACUAAUGAGGAAACUGAAAAUCUGAAGAAAUAUUUGAUGAAGCUGUUUCAAGAUUAUUGUGAAACAGCGGUUCCGGAAAUUGAUUUUUGGGAGUUUUUGAAGGUGUAUAAAGAUAAAAUUAGUGAUUUUAUUGAUGAGGAGCAUGAAGAAGAUUUUGAGUAUAUGAUAACUUCUGAUGAGUUUAUAGAAUUUGUUAAGAAAACCCAUCAGCUUGUUUUACAUAUAGUAUUUCAUGAUCCCUCUUUAGAUUUGAACUUUCCUGGAAAAAUAGAAUAUAUAACGUUAGAAAAACCUGAUGAAUAUUACUGCAUAGAUGGUUUUCCAAAAAAUUCGCCUCCUUGUGUUAUCGUCGUUCCUGCAAUUAUGAGAGGAAAUUUCGCUUAUCAAGGCAUAAAGCCAGCAGUAUUGGUAAUUACUACAGAACAAAUGAAUGAGCAAAAAGAAAAAGCUUCUCAAAAAUCUGAGAAAUCAGACCAAGAUUCUUUGAAAAGUGAACGUAGUUCAAAGCCACCUUUAAAAAAUUGUAAAUCGCUUAAUAUAAAUUUAAGGUCGCUUUCUCCUCAAGAUAAAAACCAAGAAAACCCUAUUUUCGGCUUAUAUUAUAGGUACAAAACCAAAAUAAAUUCAAUGAGAUCAGAUGAAGAAAGCCAAGAAACUCCAAACAAAAGCCCUUUUAAAUACAGUGUCGACUAUAUGCCAUCACCAAAAUCUAUUUCAGAAGAUAGCACCCGCUCAAUGAUAAAAGGGCCUGAUUCCAUUCCGAUUAGCUCUGCUACUUAUUACUCUCGAAAAAAACGGCGAGAAGCUUGCACUUUAUGCCGGCCUAAACUUCCUUGUAAAAAAUGCUCAAAAAAUGCUUUAUUGGACAUAGCAAAGCGAAUACCUUCAGGAGCUUAUUCCCAAAAACACACAACUCCUAUGCGAGUUUAUAGCAGCUCUUUCUUUGAAUCUUCAAAUAGAAAUGAUAGGUCUUAUCCAAUGACAUCAUUGCUUACUCGAAAGUUAAGCGAAGCUGCGAAAAAAAUGGACCGAAAAUCUUCUGUUAAAUCAAAAAUAGUAGACAAAGAUACUUGCAUGGUAAUGUAG